AUGGCCGAAGAUAUCACAGUGUUGCAGCAGUACCUGACGCCAACUACAUCAGAACGCCAAAUACCUCCCAAGCUAUACAAUACUAUCUCAACCGGGCCUGGAGGCAGGCCUGUAGUCUACCUAACUCUUCCAAAGAAGCGUAGAGGCCUCAGAAACGCGGUUGAUCCCGGCAGGGCGCAACGAGAGAUUAUUGAGAAUGUACUUGGCCCCUGUGCGGUUGAGGUACGCAAAACCUACUUUGAGCAUCUACAUCCUUGCUUCCCAGUCGUGGAUGAGAUGACAUUCCUGAACAUGUGGCGCAACGACAGCGACCGCAUAUCGCCUACACUAGUCUGCGAUUUGUACGCUUCUGCAUUGCAGGUGUGGAGCCGAUCACAUGUGCUGCGCCACCAGGUCCGGCCGGACCCUCACUUCAUCUGGAAUCAGGCCGUUAUUGCUCUUCAGGACGACUUCAUGGCUCCGACUAUAUCAACAGUACAUGCUGCGGUGCUGGAUCUAUUAGGACGUCCAGUCAUUGGUGUUACAGGUAACAUCGUCAAUGCUGGCCGCAUUGUCACACUUGCACAAAGUUUGGGGUUACAUCGCGACCCUUCUUCAUGGAACGCCACAGCACAUGAGAAGAGCGUACGAAUCAAUCUGUGGUGGGGCAUCCUCGUACACGAUUACUGGUCCAGCAUUGGUCAUGGUACACCGCCCACUAUCAGUCCAAAUUACCACGACGUACCCCUGCCUUCCUUCAGCGAUCAGAUGCACGUAUCAUUGCAAACCUUCGUGCAAUUGUGUAAGCUAAGUCGGAUACUUGGCGAUAUCCUUCCCUUGGUCUACUCACUUCGGGAAACCUCCGACGCAAUGAAGCGACAGCUACGCAAAGUCGAGUGCAGUCUUGACGAUUGGGUUGUUGAGCUCCCUGCACAACUCGAGCCCACGUGUGAGGCGUCAUUCAAGGUUAACGGAGGAAGUAAUUUGUGGUUCGCCUACCUUUCCAUGAAGGUGCUCGUAUGUCGAGUCUCCUUUAAGGCAGUCCAGGAAGCUACCGAUCAACCCGCCGAAGCACGUCAGUAUCAUCUUGCCAUGCUCAAGGAUGCCGCUUUGGAGGCGACACACUUCAUCACGUCACUCACCGAGGCUCAAUUUCAAGAGUUCUGGAUGCCAUACACCUCUUACCUCCUCGUUACGUCAGCCACAAUCCUGCUGAGAUGCACCAUUGAGAGCAACGAUCUCAACAAGAAGAAGGCCUGUGUCACGCAAUUGGUUGCAUUUCGGGAGCGUUUACGAACAGCGCGAGAUGCACUACAGUGGGACCUUGCAGAAUUUUGCCUUGAGAGAUGCGACGAACCAAUUCAGAGGAUCGCAGAUGCCCUCGUUUUGCUAGAAGCCCAGGAACCUGGACUGGCGGUGCCUCACGAUUUAUCUCUAAACGACUUAUUCCUCCCAGUAGACUCCCUUGACUACCCGUGGGAGACGUUAUGGAACGGUAUAGAAGGGCUGUGGUCUGUACAGAUAUGA